CACCCUAAAGAAUGAAUGUACUGAAUCAGUGUCUCUGUGAGCAGGACAGUGGUUUGGGUCCAUGCUGCAGAGACACAGGCAGCCAUUCUUCUGUUUGAGAACAAGGGUUUGCCUCUGUGGAGUCGCACUGGAGCUAUUUAUCUCUACUCACAGACUUAUCUCUUUCCCCAGAAGACCACGCGACCUACCAGCCCCGUGUCUGAAUGGAUAACCUCUGAUUGGAUCAUUACGGCCCUUAGACCUGACCUAGGAUUAAUGUCUCUGACUCAGUUCACCCAGAGAGACUUGAAGACGUCUCUCAUUUAGCGUUGCAGCAGACUGAUUCGGAAACCGCAGUUUCCUCUUGUCACUGAGGAAGCAGGUGCAUGCAGAAAAGUAGCAGUAAGAACACGAGCCUCAACAUGACAGCCACAACUAGCGCUGCCUUCAUUAUGAAGCCGUGUCAACACAGGGUAGCUGGACAGGUACACAAGUCACGCCAGGAGAAGGCAACGGGAGCUGUUCGCUGAAGUCGUGCCGGGAAAUCGAAGACUGCAAAGGGACAGCAUAACAAGACAUCAAGAAGAAGAAGAAGAAGAGGCAUCCCUGCAAGGACACACAAUAGAGAAUCAUCAGGAGCAUUGCAGAAAUAUCAAACUUUUUUAAUGCCGCGUUUGUUUCUGUGAAAACUGAUGAGGGCUGCAAUUGUACCACCUUUACGGAGCUUUUUAAACACUUGCAGCUGCUGCAUUCACACAAACUGCUUCCAGAUUACCGUUUAAAAGACAGCUGCCUGGAAUUGUUUAGAGAUCCAGUCCAUUCUUCCCCUCGCUUUCUGGGAUUCGGCCCUUGACAGCAGAUCAUUAACUUUGUUUACUCUCAGACGAUGGACUUGUCCAUGCUGCCUGCUCCAGUGAGAGAGUAUGACAACCAGAGGACAGGAGAACGCUUUACUGUCCGCUCAGCUAAUUCACCCUCGUACAGUCUCGCUUCCAGGCCAGGUGUUGGGAAACCAUCAGGUUUUUUGGAAGACGAAAGGAAGAGUGCUGACGAGGUCGGCAAGAGAGAGAGAUACAGGACGAAUACUGACACAGAUGUUACAACCAAAGAGGGGGAUUGCACAGUCACUGGUUAUCAAGCAAGGACUGGGAGUCGCAGCAGGGAAAAAGGUCACUGUGAGAAAGAGGAUACGCCGGGCUAUAAAAUAUCGACUGAGCUGAACCAGAAUGGGACAGCAGCCACAACUGUCCCAGGAUCUGCCACUGACAUGAGUAGAAAAUGUAACGCUGCGUCUGAAAGCCAGGGCCGGACACACGAGAGGAGAUUCAACCGGGAAGGCAGAAGUAUGAGUCUGGAUCGGAGAGUUUGGCCAUCGAGCCCCGAUCGAGGGAGAAUUGCGGACGCAUUCAUGUUGCAAACCAAGCGAGGCGAGGAAAAGAGAAGGACUGAAUUCGAAGGCCCGAGGGGCAGGAUGAAGUCUCCAAUAAAGGCUUAUAACCCUGCUGGUACAAGUGACGUUCAAGAAAGUAGCCCAGUGAGUCACAUGAGACAUACUCUGGACAGGACCAGUAAAGGUAAAUCUCUCCCCACUAGGUUGAGGUCCCUGUCCGGUUCUGGCCCUGGUGUCAGAGGGACAGAUUUGUUUGGGCCCGAAGGAGGUCAGAGUAUAGGGGAGCGGAUAGAGAAACUCUUCGGGUCGGCUGGUUUGGGUAAACCGGAGGAUUGCUUCUCGACCACUGCAACGUCCCAUCCCAAAGAAACAAGCGCAUUCUCCUCCAUUUCGCCACAGCAGAUGUCGUAUGAGAUGGCUUCAGGCGGAACCUUCCCCAGGCGUUUCUCCUCAGGAGAGAACAGAAGCGUCAGUCCAUGGCACCGCAGGAAGUCCAUCACCUGGACAGGGGAAGACACUACCUGUCCUGAGGCUUCCUUUGUGCCACAGACAAGCAGGACCAGCGAGAGACGGUCAGGGGUACAGGGGCAAGGACCGAUCCAGAGCAGGUACUCAGAGGUAGGGGGAGGUCACAGAGGGUUAGAGGAAAAGGGCUUCGGGUCCCUUGACAGAGCAAGGGGCAGAGACUCGAAAGCAGCUCAGAUACGAUCUGCAAGGGCUACAGCGGGAAUUACUGCCCCCCCACAUUCAAACAGUUCUUCAGAAGAAGAGAGAUCAGUUUCUUUGAGAGAUUUGUCUGGUUCGAGGGAAGGAAAAGCAAUGGGGAGUGGAAGUAAGGAUCAAGGUGAGACUAAUGGAACGCACGGGACACCGAGAGAAAGAACCGAACGGCUUGAAGAACAAGGGGAAAAAACAGAUCACGUGACAAGUGAAAUUACAGAAUUAAAAAUGAGCAGCUCUGAUGAAGAAGUGUUUGAUCCGAGCCCACAGAAAGUGACAAGAAAAUCACCACAGAAGAAUAAAUUCUCAGCCUCGGCUGCUAGUGUGAGAAAUAAGAUCCAUCAGUUUGAGGCUCUCACACAGAGAGCCCAGGGUUUGGCUGCAGGACAGGCUCUGAUGUCCAGACGGGCCUUUUCUGUGCCGACACAUUUCAGCAGGCUGAAUGAAGGAGUGAAAAAGAGUGGGUCAGAGAAAGCAAUAGGUGGAUCGAAAUACAGGUGGGAGGGAUUAAAAGAGGGGGGGGAGGCAGAUGAUGAGACUGAAGAUAAAUUGAAAGGUAAAAUAAGCCUUGGUUCGAAUAGGUCUUUUUCCGUGGAUGAGAUUGGGCUAAGAUCAGGGAGGGAAGAGAACAAAGGAAAAGAAAUGGAUAGCAAUAACAUUUGUGCUGAUUUUGGUAAAUAUUCCAAUCUCAAGACCACCCUCAAGAUCCCGCUAAAAAGAGGCGCUCAAAGGAAACAUAAAAACUUUAACAAAGACGAGAUUGAUUCUCACACAACCUCGAGCUGCAAGGAGCAAAGCGAGGAAACACUGUUUUCUCACCUGCCCGACUCCACUGGUGGGCAGGAAACGACAACCGCUAGGUUGACGUCACCUGUAAACGACGAAGACAAGACUCCAACAAACUCUCCGUACAUCUCACCCGUUCUUACGCCUACCGCACAACCUGAAAACAUCCUUCCUGGUGCUCACAGUAACAAUGAAAGUACCUCAGUACUCACAGCGGCGGCCGGAAUCCCCAAACAAGAUUCGUGGCUUCCCCCUCGACCCCUCGCUUCUUCCUCCCACAGCAACCUCCCUGGUCUCAUCUCACCGGAUUUUAACACAGCCCACGCACAUGAAAAGAAACAGCUGUUGGACCUGAAUGCCUGGGUAGCUGGUUUGAAACCAGAUAUUGUGCUCUGGGAUCACAACGAAGACGAUUAUGAGGACGAUGAUAAAAGUACGCAGAGGGACGAGGAUUCAAACUAUGAUUCAGACUCCGGAGAGUCCUCGGUGACCAUCACUAGUAACAUGAGCCAGUCAGAUCACAAGAGCUUCUGCGUCAGUCUCGCCGACCUGCGUAACUUUGCUGGAGUUGACUGCGAGUCGGAGAAUGAUAUCGAUGAGUGGCAAUCUACCGGCGGCCGCCGGACUGCCUCGCUGAGCUCGGACAUGUCGGCCUUCUCCUCUGUGUCUGUGAUGCCCAGCGAGAAGCUCGACAAGCUUCUGGAGGACGUCAUGAGCGCGGGGGACAGCACUCAGGACUGUAACGAUGUGCAGGUGGUGGUUCUCCAUAAGGACGUGGGUGUAGGAAUGGGGUUCAGCAUGGCGGGAGGCGUGGACCAGAACAAGCCCGUCACUGUUCACAAGGUGUUUCCCUCGGGUGUUGCAGCCCAGGAAGGCUCCAUAAGGGAAGGGGACCUGGUCCUGUCAAUCAACGGCACGACGCUGUGCAGCUACACCCACUGGGAGGCCGUGAGGGUCCUGAGGAGAGCAAAGACUCGGGAGAUGGGGGUGGUGGUCUUCAGGAGGGGAGGAAUGAGCAGUGUCUGUAAGAAGCCAGCGGAGACGAAUACUCCGGAACAAACGCAGACUCAGUUUAACGAGACAGGUCAGAAUGUGUGUGUGCGCCUGGAGAAGAACACCAGGGAUCUGGGCUUCAGCCUGGAGGGAGGUGUAGGCUCCAUAUCUGGGAACCGACCACUCACUAUACAGAAGAUCUUCCAGGGGGGUCCUGUGGACAAGGUGCGACCUGGUGAUGAGGUGGAGCAGAUUGAUGGAACAAGCGUGGUGGGGAUGAGGCGGUUGGAGGCCUGGACUUUGAUCAGAGGACUUCCCCCUGGCCCCGUGGACGUGGUGCUCCGUCGCACUCCUAAACAUGUGGAAACAUGAGGGUCAUUGAGGUGCUUUGCGCACAGUAAAGCAACUAAAAGCCGUGCACUAGUGCCUAAGAACCAAACACAAUAUAAGUGAGCCGUCUGCUUCUAAUGACAACGUAACAAGUUGCAGUUAUUAUAACAAAUGAAUGAAGGAAAAUCAAUUGUCAUGUGACAAAGUCAAAGAAAAUGUCUAACUUUAUUUACAGUAUUAAAUCUACCUCAAAGCCUCUGAUGUUUCCUUACCAGCUCAUAACUAAGAUCCACUCAUAUCUUUGUCAAAUCGACCAACUUUUGUAAAAUAUGCUUUGCUCCGCUGUAAUGUAGCACCUGUAAAUAAAUGUGCAUGUUGUCAAAUAGUAUGAAUGGAGUAGAAGAAAGAGUUUAUAUUGCUUUUUAAUAAAUUCAAACUUAAAGUG